UCAUUUAAACAAUGUAAAACAUUUCAAAAGCAAACUUUCAGAAUUCUUGACAAUGCGAGCAGCAUUGAAAUUGGUUGAAAGAGCUGCUCAGCUGCAGAAGAAAACUCUGCUCCAAGGAAGCAGCUGUCUAAAAGGAGCAGCUGCUGGUACCCAGCAGCAGCAGAUCCGUCAGCUAGGUCAGGAUGCUGGAAGCAGCUCCAUCUAUACUCGACAAACUAGAUCAGUUUCCCUAGGCCCAUCUUCACAGGGUCAACAGCAGCAGAAGGCAGAAGCUACUGUUUCCCCCAGAGAACUAGUGGAUAGAGAUCUUAAUACUAUGUUUCAAGAGAUUCAUCAGGAGUUAGAAUAUCAACUUGAGGAGAAUAGUGAACUAAGAGACAUGGCAAAAUAUUAUUUUGAUGGACAAGGAAAAGCAAUUAGACCUGUGAUUGCAUUGUGUGUUGGACACGCCUACAACGCCCACAACGGAGCGGUUGAUAACCUUGAUAUCAAGAAGAAACAAAGACUUGUAGCAAUAGUUAGUGAGAUGAUUCAUACUGCCAGCCUUGUACAUGAUGAUGUAUUAGAUCACGCUGAGACGAGGCGAGGUAAGGCUAGCGUGAACAUGGUCUGGAACUCCCUCAAGUCAACCCACUGUGGAGACUAUAUCCUAGCUGUCUGUAGUAGACUAAUGGCUAAAAUAGAUAAUACGGAAGUUAUUGUACUACUGUCUCGUGUACUUACAGAUUUAGUACAAGGAGAACUGAUGCAAAUGCAGAACAAGGUUGAAGAGAAUGAAAGGUUUGAGGCCUAUCUACAGAAAUCCUUCAACAAGACCGCCAGCCUGAUGGCCUACUCGUGUCAGGCUAAUGCAGUUCUAGCAGGUGAAACCUUAGAAAAGUCCCACUCAGCAUUUCUUUACGGAAAACAUAUUGGGAUUGCAUUCCAACUCGUCGACGAUCUUCUGGAUUUCGUCUCUUCGUCGGAGCAGCUUGGAAAACCUGCGGCCGCCGAUCUAGAGCUAGGGCUCGCCACUGCGCCAGUUCUCUUCGCUACAAAGGAGUUUCCUGAGUUAAAUGAUAUGAUUGCAAGAAGAUUUAGUGAACCUGGAGAUGUUGAGAGAGCAUUCGAGUGCGCUGUGAGCUCCGGAGGUUUGGCUGAAACUAAGAAGUUGGCCGGUCAACAUUGUGAAGCUGCGCUAGACGCUAUCAGAGACCUUAACGAUAGUAUUUACAAGAAUACGCUCUUCACCAUCUGCGAUACUAUACUCAACCGUCUUAAAUAGAAUCUGUUAAUCAAUCAAA